CGGCGACAGUAGUCCUCAUCCCGGUGGCCCAGCUCUUGAGCGGACGCGGGGCUUUGCAAAUGGCUUGUCCCGCCCUUGGUCUAGAAGCUCUUCAGCCCCUGCAGCCCGAGCCCCCACCAGAACCAGCCUUCUUCGAGGCGCAGAAGUGGAUCGAGCAAGUAACUGGCAGAAGUUUUGGCGAUAAGGAUUUUCGGACAGGGUUAGAAAAUGGAAUCCUUCUGUGCGAGUUGCUGAAUGCCAUAAAGCCAGGACUUGUUAAGAAGAUCAAUAGAUUGCCUACCCCCAUUGCAGGAUUGGACAAUAUCAUCUUAUUCUUGAGAGGUUGUAAAGAGCUUGGCCUUAAAGAAUCUCAACUUUUUGACCCAAGUGACCUCCAGGAUACAUCAAACAGAGUAGCCAUCAAGAGCCUUGAUUAUAGCAGAAAACUGAGAAACGUAUUAGUUACCAUUUACUGGCUGGGAAAAGCAGCAAAUAGCUGUACAUCCUAUAGUGGAACUACACUGAACCUGAAGGAAUUUGAAGGAUUGCUGGCUCAGCUGCGAAAGGAGACUGAAGAUACAGAGAGUCCUAAGCGUAGCAUCCGAGACAGUGGCUACAUCGACUGCUGGGAUUCCGAGCGCAGCGACUCCCUCUCCCCUCCGCGGCAUGGCAGAGAUGAUUCCUUCGACAGCCUAGAUUCCUUUGGCUCCCGUUCCCGGCAGACACCUUCCCCAGAUGUAGUCCUCAGGGGAAGCAGUGAUGGGAGAGGAAGUGACUCGGAGUCUGACUUGCCUCAUCGCAAGCUUCCAGAUGUGAAGAAGGAUGAUAUGUCUGCAAGGCGGACGUCCCACGGUGAGCCGAAAUCAGCAGUGCCUUUUAACCAGUACCUCCCGAACAAAAGCAACCAGACAGCCUACGUCCCUGCUCCUCUGAGAAAGAAGAAAGCAGAAAGAGAGGAGUACAGGAAGAGCUGGAGUACCGCCACCUCCCCCCUGGGAGGAGAAAGGCCCUUCAGAUACGGUCCGAGAACUCCUGUGUCUGAUGACGCAGAGAGCACUAGUAUGUUUGACGUGCGGUGUGAAGAGGAGGCCACAGUGCAGCCACACAGCAAGGCCCGACAGGAGCAGCUGCAACUGAUCAAUAGCCAGCUGAGGGAAGAGGAUGACAAAUGGCAAGAUGACCUGGCUCGAUGGAAAAGCCGCAGAAGAAGCGCUUCUCAGGACUUGAUCAAGAAAGAAGAAGAAAGGAAAAAAAUGGAGAAGUUGCUGGCUGGAGAAGAUGGGACAAGUGAACGAAGAAAAAGCAUCAAAACCUACAAAGAAAUUGUCCAAGAAAAAGAGCGGAGAGAACGAGAAUUGCAUGAGGCGUAUAAGAACGCUCAGUCUCAGGAGGAGGCGGAGGGGAUCCUCCAACAGUACAUUGAGAGAUUCACCAUCAGUGAGGCUGUCCUUGAACGCUUGGAGAUGCCAAAAAUUCUGGAGAGAAGCCAUUCAACAGAGCCAAACUUAUCCUCUGCCCUGAACGAACCCAACCCCAUGAAAUACCUGCGGCAACAGUCACUGCCUCCACCCAAAUUCACUGCCACUGUUGAAACCACCAUCGCUCGUGCCAGUGUCCUGGAUACCAGCAUAUCAGCAGGCAGUGAUUCUCCCAGCAAAACUGUCAUUCCCAAAGCAGUGCCUAUGCUGACACCCAAGCCUUACUCCCAGCCCAAAACCUCUCAAGAGGUUCUGAAGACCUUUAAGGUAGAUGGAAAAGUUAGCAUGAAUGGAGAAAUGGCUCAUGGAGAUGAGGAGGAGAAGGAAAGCGAGUGUCCCACAAUGACAUUUGCCCCCUCCUUAACCAAAUCCCAGAUGUUUGAAGGUGUGGCCAGGAUCCAUGGGUCCCCUGUGGAGUUGAAGCAAGACAACAAUGGCAUUGAGAUCAACAUAAAGAAACCAAAUUCUGUUCCCCAAGAACUGACAGCAACCACUGAGAAAACUGAUCCGAGCAGUCGAGAGGAUAUGAAUGAUGAUGGAAAACCAGAAAAAGGGAAUACAGAGUUUGCCUCAUCAGAGCCACAGAAUUUCACAACAACCGUGACUCGAUCCAGCCCAACUGUGGCCUUUGUGGAGUUUUCCUCCAGUCCCCAGCUAAAAAACAAUGUGCCAGAAGAAGAUCAGAGGAAACCAGAAAAUGAAAUGAGUGGAAAGGUGGAGUUGGUGCUGUCACAAAAGGUAAUGAAGCCAAAAUCUCCAGAACCAGAAGCAACCCUGACAUUUCCAUUGCAGGACCAAAUGCCUGAAACCAACCAACUACAUUUGCCAAAUCUCAAUUCUCAAGUGGAUUCUCCAAGCAGUGAAAAGUCACCUGUAACUACACCUCAGUUUAAAUUCUGGGCAUGGGACCCGGAAGAGGAACGUAGGCGACAGGAAAAAUGGCAACAGGAGCAGGAACGUGUGCUCCAGGAAAGAUACCAGAAGGAGCAGGACAAGCUGAAAGAAGAAUGGGAAAAGGCUCAAAAGGAGGUAGAAGAAGAAGAACGCAGAUAUUAUGAGGAGGAACGCAAGAUAAUUGAAGACACAGUGGUUUCAUUUACUGUUUCUUCGAGUUCUGCAGACCAGCUGUCAACAUCCUCUUCCAUGACUGAAGGCAGCAGGACAGUGAAUAAGAUGGACCUAGAAAACUGUCAAGAUGAAGAGCAAGAGAGAAGACAGAAGAAACCACUCCAGGGGGACGACAGUAACUUAUUGCUUAACAAUAUGGAAAGGGAUCCACAGGAGGAAAAGAGAAGCUUAACUCAUGGGGCCCUGACUCACUCUGAGAACCCUAUACCAAAAGCAGUCCAUCAGGACCAGCAGCUGGAAAUGGAAGCUGGGGUUCCACACUAUGGGAUGAACCAACAGCUAUCUCAGGAUCCAUCCUGGAAUCAGCAAGUAUUAAACCCACCUUCGCACAUUUCUGGAGAAAUGAAGCCGAAAACCCUCCCAUUGGAUAAAAACAUCAACCAUCAGAUUGAGUCUCCAAGUGCAAGGCGGAAGACAAGCCCUCAAGAGAACUUCCAGGCUGGACACUUGUCCCCCUGCUCUCCCACACCUCCUGGCCAGUCACCAAACAGGUCUAUAAGUGGGAAGAAGCUGUGCUCUUCUUGCAGCCUUCCUUUGGGGAAAGGAGCUGCUAUGAUCAUCGAGACCCUAAAUCUCUUUUUUCACAUCCAGUGCUUUAAGUGUGGAAUUUGUAAAGGACAGCUUGGAGAUGCAGUAAAUGGGACAGAUGUGAGGAUUCGAAAUGGUCUUCUAAACUGCAAUGAUUGCUACAUGCGAUCCAGAAGUGCUGGCCAGCCUACAACAUUGUGAUAUGGUUUUCAAGCUUCCAGAUCAUUCGCCGUUUCUUUAUUGAGGGUGUCCCUGGCAGUUGUCUAACAAAACCCCAAGUUCCGGGGCUCCCCAGCAGUCAUCUAAUUUCAGAAAGGCUAUUCUAAAAGAUGGUAUCUGUUCUUUUGUAGCACGGUGUGUUUUACUCUGGUUUCUUGUUUGUUUUGUUUGCAUUUGCACACAUAGAACGAGAAUGUUGACGUAUAAUGAUCCCGAAUAGCUCAAAAAGGGUCUCCGCAUGGUCAAGCAGGUUUAUGGUUUAAACCAUGUUAUUUUCUUUUAUGAGACUUUUAUGGUAAAUGAUGCAAUAACCUGUUUUUUGGUAGUUUUUCUAGGAAUUAAACAUUUUAUGUUUACAGAAUUGAGCUGCAGACAGUACAAGACAUGCCAAUUUGAGACAGUGGUCUUCUAAGAUGGGAGCAUAAAAGGAAUGCAUUUCAGAAGCUAAACAUCACAGCAAGCUCUCUGAUCUAUAACUUGUUUUUAAAGCAAAGACCCUAGUCUGAUAAUAUAUACUGUAAUCCUGAAAUAUUUGUGUUGCUUACCUUUUGAUGGUAGACAUUAUACCAAUAAAUUAUUGUACCAUUAGUAUUAGAUUUUGUGUACCUUGGAAGUUACGUCAUUAAUAUAGGCUGUUCCAUCAAAUAAACCCUUACAAUAUCUGCUAGAUUUAGACUCUGGGACAUUGCCCAACGGGUAGGAAAACAACAGCGGGAAAUAUUUCACUCCUCAUUUCCAAAGUUAUUAUCAAGAUCUGUGACAAAGUUUAAUCUCAAGAAGAGUGCUGAGUCAUCGCCAUGAGACCUGUGUGGCUUGCUUCUCUCCAGGCACUAGAUUAGUGAGGUCUCAGGAAGAGACUUUCAUAGGCAAUGGAAGAUCUUCUCAUAAUAAGGCCAUCGUUAGGACUGGUAACUCCUCACCUUGCAAAUUCUCCUUGAAAGCCUGAAGCACAAGUGUCUAAAUAAAAGCAUGAAGCCCAUCCUAAUAGAAUCCUAAAUGACAUAUGAUGUACAAGCCACUGGUAUGUGAUCAGCAAGACCCUACGGAUCCAACUGUGCCCUGCCCACUCUUUGUUUUACCACCUCUUUUCAUCAAGAAUUCUGGACCAUGCACAUGGAGAGGUUUAGAAAGAAACUCUUGUCAAGGACUAAGUAUCUUCUGCCCUGUGUGAUGAAGUUCAGCUGGCCAAGGAAGACCUCAAAUUACUAAAAAGCAUCACAUUUUAGAUCUCCAGGCUUUUUUUCUUUAAGACUGGGGAAGGGGAAACUAUUUAUUCUGCCUUAAAAUGAUGCAAAUAAGUGAAGAUUACAGUAUGUGAAUGUAAACACUCCUACUAGUUUAAUGUAGUCAUAAAAGGAGAUCAAAUAGAUGUUUUUUUCUGUUAUGUAAGCAAAAAAAAAUUGUUUUUUCUGUGUCUUACUGAGUCUGGCUAACAAUUAUUUAUUUACAUGCUAAAGGGUUCUUUGCAUGUGGGUUCUGUAUGAGUGCAGACAUUUCCUCAUCCACUGGAGGCAUUUUCACCAUAUUGUCAUUUGGAAGAGCUGUUGUUAGAGUGAAAUCUAUACAUCAUUUCAUUAAAAAUUGUGCCUUAGAAAAUGCAAAGCUGUUGCACAUAGUCAGUGAUGAAUUAUGGAUGCAGAACACUGAAGAGAGAUGAAGUCAUUUCCAAGUUCCCCAGACUUCUCAUGGAGGUGUUUACUGUUUUAGAAGGGGGGAAAAAU